UUCGCAAUCCAUGCCCUUUACUUUCCAACAAACUUCACUUUCAAGCCCGCGAAGACGAAUUCGAAGAGUAACAACCAUAUCAGAAUCUGAGAAAGCUUAAUCAUCCAUACACUCAGAAAAGCUUUUCCAAAAAUGGCGUUAAUCUGUUCAUUUGAAAGAACCUAUUUUCAGAACUAAUUGCAAUGUUUAUAACCGACUUUAUUAAGCGCAAGUUAGAAUCAGUGUUGCAACCAUGGCUGCUGCAAGAACCGGAGUUGGAACUCAAGUUAGGGUUUCUUCGUUCUCAUGGAAUCGCAAAGAGCCUCCGCUUCAAUACUUCAGCACUGAACGAGCUUCUAGACGAUUCUACUGGCUUUUACUUCACCGACUUCAGAAUUGAUCAAUUGACCCUCCGGAUUACCAACUGGUCAGCUCCUGCAUUCAAUUGGGAAGUUCAAGGUUUCCAUAUCACUAUAUCGCCGAGGAUAGUGGAGGGGAGGGGAAGCAGCCGGGAGCCAUCGGAGGUGUUGCUGGAGGACAAGAAGAAGGCUCUACGUGAAAUUGACCCUGAGGGUAGUGAAUUGUUUGAUAUCAUGGAAAAGCUUGCGAAUAUUUCCCCAUCAAGGAGCCAGAAAACUUCCCUCCCAAAGCUUAUCCUGAAUUAUUGUUCCUUACAGAUGACUGAUAUCAAUCUACAACUGCAACAUGCCAUCUCAGAUGACUCCAUUGCAUGCUUGUUGGAGAUAGAGGAGCUUAAUGCAGGCUCUCGACUUGUCAAACCUCAAUCUUUCCUCAGAGGGUAUGUCAAUUCACUUAUUGUAAAUCCUAAAGAGAGCUAUUUCGAUCUUGAAAUCAGAGGUUUAAAGAUAAGAUUGAAGAGCCAUGAUCAUCUUAGCCCAGUGUUUUCUGCAACCGACAUUAUCUGUUCCUCAAAGUUGAGUGAUCUUCAGUUGAGUGAACUCAAUUGUUCAAUUGAGGAAUUACUGUUUUCAUUUUCUCCAGCAGAUGUCUCCAUUUUAUCAAUUAUUGUGAGGGAAUCAUCAAGAAAAUCCCCAUCAAUAAGAAACGGAAGACAACUCUGGAAAGAAACUGCAACUAGAAUUAGGUCAUUGAUCUCAACACGUAGAUAUUCAAUGCAGAAAUUAGUUGGUUUAGUUAUCCUAUGGUUGCGUUAUAUACAUGCCUGGGAGAAUUUGUUUUUACUGAUUGGAUAUUAUCCUAUGGACAUAAUGAUAAAAAGAUCAGCUGUAAAGAUGUCCAAAAACCAGAUGUUUUCAAAAACUUUUAGGCAUCAAUGGGAAGUAAUUUCUGAAAUUGAGAAAGAAAUACCUCCUCCAGCUAUUGCACUUGCACGUCGAGUCAUCAGAUGCAGAAAAGUCAACAAUGGUGUUUCAACCAAAGAGGAGGUCCAAGUCAAUAGGUACUUGGAGUAUUUUCAAAAGAUAUUCCAAUUACUUUGUCUUAUAUGGACUACUUUGUGUAGCAUGUUUAACACAAAAAAAGUUGGAGUUAUUCCAAUAGAUUCCUUCCCAAAUCUUUGUUACAGACUAAACUUGGGAAAAAUUUCCAUCACCAUUUCCCCUGAUAACAACACUAAACAUAAAAAAGCUGUUACAGACAGGAGGGUUUCACUUUCACACCUGGAUCUACUUUCUUUCUGUUUAAUAUUUGAUUCAUUUAUCCUUCUUUACAACGAAAAUAUCUGUGAGAGUCAUUUGACUUUCUCCUGUGGGGGUGUCAAGGUUAUAAAUGACUAUGAAUAUUCUUCUAAAGGACACAAGAAGCCUAAAGUUCUAGACUCAGAAACUAUCUUAUGGAGUAAGCCUGCUCUUGUUUUUAACCAAGAUAGAAUUUCUGCCUCCCUCCCACUUCUGGAAACCAUUUUAAAUCAAACAUGGUUGGAUUGGAAGACAUCUUGUUCAGAAUUUGGUGAAAUUACGAAUGAGACCUUGAAAGAUCCCUUCAUUCUCUUUGAGAUGAAGCAUUUUUUGACAGAUCAAGGGGAGAGUAGCUUGAGUCAUCGAUUUACAAAAUGUUGUUUGGCAAUGGGACAAUUGGAUUUCUUUUUGGGAUAUUCAUCAGCAUUAUCGUUGACUCUACUUCUUAGGCAGAUACAAAAUGCUUUCAGUUUGGAGAAAGCACAAACUUCUACUCCAACAUAUGAUACCCCAUUAGUGAGAGUCUGGGAUUGUGAUUCAUCUAUUGCUGAAAUGGAAAAGGAACUGCAUAAAGUAAUACCAGAAAAGCUUAUUGAAGUUGGAGUAUAUGUAGUUGGUCCUCGAAUCCGAGUAUCACUGAGAAAGGAUAGUUUGCAUAAAGCAGUUGAUGAUAUUCACCUUUCUUUUGAUUGUAAAAACAUUGAACUCUUGGUGUCACCGAGUCUAUUAAAUGAUUCAGCAACAGAGUGCAUGCAUAUGAUGGAGCUUCAAGUGGUUAACAUGGCUAAUUCCAAUAAUGGAAGCUACCAGUGUCAAGGGCAAAUAAGGCUUGAUGCGUCUUUACAAAUUCAUGGUAUAAAUGCUUACCUUGAUGACUCAUCUGAAGUCCACCACUCCAAGAUUAUAACAUUAAAGCCAAUAACAGUUCAACUUUCAACCCUAAGGAAGGAUAAUUGGUCUCUUGGAAAAAGUGUAAGUGCUUUCUCUGCAGUCCUAAAUGGGAAUGCUUCAGGGCUCUCGGGUCUAAUAUUUGUUGAUGAAAUGUCUGCUUUAGUCGAGGUGGUUAAUAGUUUGAUCUUUGCUCUAUCAAACACAUUGAUCACAAGCAACACAUCCACUUCUAGAAAUUCUAAUUAUUUUGAUACUCAGGAGAUGUUGGAUGUUAGUUCUGGAAAUGAGAUGCUGGUGAGUUCAAUUACUGGAAUGCCCUUGAUCAUUCUGAACACUCUCUAUAUUCUUAAAUGCACAUCUGAAAUCCAGUCAGUGGAUAUAAUCAUUCACAAGUCAAGGAAAGUCAAUGCCAUAGAGAAUCAAGUCACAAUCUCUGAAUCCUUUAUGAGCCAAAAUCUGUCUGCAAACUUCUUGCCUGAUAAUGGAAUUCAGAUUACUCUUCAGAAAAUGCAUAUGAUGUUCUCAUACAAAAAGAACCAAGGGAAAAUACAAGGGCUUGUUGAUUUCCUUGGUUUACGAGCUGUUAUUUUCAGAUAUGCAAAUGAUGAUGUCAUGAAUAGGUCUGAUCUCCAUAAUCGGUUAGAAGAUAUAUCUGAAUCAUCAGUUUCCAAUUGCAAAUUGAAUUUAUCUUUGACAAAUCUUCCCAAUGAAUCAUCAUUAUCCCACAGAGCAAUUGGUAGUUCUACUUCUAUUUCAAAUACUUGUUUCAAAGCAGAAAUUUCCUCCACUGAACUCUAUGUGGUAGGAUGCCCUUUAAAGGAUGUAAUAAUUGGAAAACAUGAGUCAAGUAAGCUUGAGAUAUCACUUUCUGUUGAGGGUGGCUUUCAGAAAAGCAUCUCUUGCCAUUGUCAGGGUGGCAUUAUCUUCCUUGAAACCACAUCAGCUGUGAUGUUCUCUCAAUGUGGAGAUUCAUACAUACGUCGUGUCAAACAUCUAUUUCCAGUUUCCCAUAUUGCAAAUAUCACUACACUUGAAGCCUCUCCGAUCCAAGAGACACAAACUGCAGGCAUACCUGAAGAUCUUACCAUGCAUCUCUCUCAGUUUUAUCUUGCCUUAAUUGGUAGAGAUGAAUCUGGAAGACUUGAAGAGCUUCUGUUUAGUGCUGACAUGGGUUUGGACCUUAAAGUUGUGAAUAUGAAGAAAAAGUUAUCAUUUCGUCUUUCCCAAUUGUCAAUUCUUUCUCGAGUUCUUCAAGACUCUAUCAAACAUCAAAACAGUAGAGUUCAGAUUCCUCUUAGGUCUUCUAGCACAGAUCCAUCUGUCAUUCAAGCAGCAUUAGUUCCAACAGAUGAUAUUCAUUCUGUAGCAAAUGAUGCAAGCAGCUCCACUUCUGAUUCGCGUAUAGAACUAUCCAGUGAAGAUUCUCAUCAAGAUUCUGAAAACUACAUUUUGAGACAAUUAACUUGUUUCAUAGCAGCUGAAGAGCCUGUAUCAAGGGACUCUCCUGAUACAUCAAAAUCAACUCAACCUUGGGUUGGCAGUGGUUCUAUUUCAGGUUUUGAUGUGACAAUAUCAUUGUCCGAGAUUCAGAUGUUGCUUUCAGUUGCUGAGAUUUCUGGGGUCUCCACAAAAGAAACAACUGCCACUGUGCAGCAAAGGCAAUUGCAUAAUGAAGAGGAACCCAUGAGAAACCUGGAGGAGAUGAUCCAAGAUGGCAGUAUCAUUGCAAUCCAAGAUGUCCAUCAGCAUAUGUAUAUUGUGGCAGAAGGUGAAGAUAGAAAUUAUCGUUUGUCUGGUUCAAUGCAUUAUUCACUUGCACCACAGAUGGCUCUUUUCAAGGUGAAGUAUCAUUACCAAAAGAUAUGGAAGUCAUCAUACCAAUGGUUUUCAUUGACCUCAUUGUAUGCCAAAGAUGAAUCAGGGGAACACCUGCAAUUAAACUGUAAUCCCAGAUCAAAUUUUGUUGAGCUUUCCAGCUCAAGUAACAGUGGAACAUCACUUUGGAGAUCAAUGCCUUGUAAGUCUGCAAGUUUUGAAGAUGAUAGUGAGCUGGAGUCUUACAACAAUGCAGAAAAAAACCUAUUUUACUUGAUCAACAAGAAGAACAAUUGUUCUAUAGCUUUUGUUGAAGGGGUUCUAGAGUUUGUAAGCAUACCUGGAAAUCCAUUCAAGUUUAAAGUAUUUCAGGAUUUUCCCCUUGCCAAUGAUCCAUUAUUGCUGGAUGAAGGAAACUCGGUUUCACCCUUUAUUGAUAUCAAGAUUGACAAAAUUUCUGUGACAAUAUAUCAUGAACUUUCAGAUACAAUCGAAAGGGUCCCACUUCUCCAGAUGUCUAUGGUUGUUCCUGAAUUUAUAAUACAGAAAUCACAUGCUAAAACCAGAGUGAUAACCAAACUUGUAACUGAGCUAUACUCGUUUGAUGCAAAGAGGAACUUAUGGAACACGUUUCUGCAUCCAGUUGAAAUAAACAUUUUCUGGAGAUCUAGGGUUCAAACCCAUGGUGUUUAUGGAGUGCCUGUUCAUUUCUAUGCUAGAGUUAAAGAGUUUCGUGUAUCAAUAAUCGAGCUUUCACUGGACAUACUUCUGUUUGUGAUUGGAAAACUGGAUUUGGCUGGUCCUUAUGCAAUUCAAAGCUCUGUGAUUCUGGGAAAUUCCUGCAAGGUUGAGAACCAAUCAGACCUAGUCCUCCUUUGUCAGUUUUCAGAUAAACAGUAUGCUAGAAUAGCCAGAAAACAGUCCACAACUGUUUUCUUAAGAAACUUGGCUUUAGACCAGCAUCCAGAAUCAGAAGCAUCAAGUGUCUCAAUCCAACUUGCAGAGAGAGGAGACUUUUUGACAUUUCCAAUUAAGUUUUCACUCUUAAAAUCUGGAACAUUUGCUUGGAGAACUCGCAUAGUUUCUAAAAAUGAUUCAAAAGCAUUUCCUGGGCCAUUCAUUAUUGUAGACAUUUCAUGGAAAUCUGAGGAUGGUUUAUCUAUUGUUGUCUCUCCCAUAUUAAAAAUCCACAAUCAAACUAACUUCCCAAUCGAGCUCCGAUUUCAAAGGCCUCAACAAGAGGAAACCCAUCAUGCUUCUUUAGUAGUUAAAGCAGGGGACACCAUUGAUGAUUCCACAGCAGCUUUUGAUGCCAUAAAAGCUUCUGGUGGAUCAAAGAAGGCAUUAAGAUCUAUGAGUGUUGGUAAUUUCAUAUUCUCUUUCAGACCUAAAGACUCUCCAAGUUUCAACAACAUGGAAUGGUCUGAUGAACUUAAAGGAGGAAAAGCUGCACGUCUCUCUGGAUUAUUUGAUAAAAUAAGUUACCAUGUACGCAAUGCUUUUCCACUCGAAUCAGAAAAAUCUUCCUUCAGUACAGCUCGUGUUCCUUCAAAAUCAAAAACAGGGGAAAUCGAUGACUUACACUUUUUAAUUCAAACCAUCAAAAAAGAUGUUCCUAUUUUACAACCUGAUGGAUCAAAAGCUUCAGCAGUUGCUCUAGUGGAACAAAAGGAAAUCUUUAUUCUUCCAACUGUUGAGAUUUCUAACCUAUUGCAGUUAGAGAUACAUGUGGUUUUAACUGAUAAAGAUCGCUAUUUGCCCCAAGAGAGUGAAAACAUGAGCAAACAGGCAACUAUUCCUUGUGGUUCAAGUGUGACUUUAUAUGCUAACCCUGAGGCAAUGUUCUUUAAUGUUACCUUAACUGCAUUUGGAUUAACUUGCAAAUCUGUAAAUUGUGGUGAUUGGGCUAAAAAGUUACUGAAGAAGAAAAAAGGUAAUCAAAACUUGGACAUGGAGUUAAACUUUGGUGAUGGAAGGUAUUUUGGUCUUUUAAGUUUGUCAUGUGGACAUAGGGGCAUACUGGAGGCUGCCAUAUAUACACCAUAUACACUCAAGAACAACACUGAUUUUGGUUUAUUUUGUCUUGCUCCGAAUCAGAAUCCCUUAUCUAGAAAUGAAGUUGAGGAGCUUUCUUCUCAAGGAUAUUCAAAGCUAGGAGCUUUUCUGCCUCCUAAGUCAACAAAAUCAUGGUUCUUAAGAACAAACAAGGUGUCCCUGAAAUUAAUGGAUGACAAAGCAAAUGAAGCUCUGCUAGACUUAGAUGCAGUCUCAGGCGUUACAGAGAUAAAUCUAGAAAUGGAAGAAAAACCAGGACUCAUAUAUAUUACAAAAUUGGGCGUUUCAUUACAUUCAUCCAUUAACACACAAACUCCAUCACAAGUAGUAUCUUUGACUCCAAGAUAUGUAUUACUAAAUGAAUCAGAUGAAGUGAUCACUAUUCGUCAGUGUAACCUAGAGGAUGAUGUGGAGUGUAUGACAACUGUCAGUAGUAAACAGAGAAAAGCUUUACGACUUUGCAACAAAACAAACAAAAAGAGGGAAACUAGCAUUUUUGAGAAUUUCAUCAGAAAGCAUAGAAAUGGUGAAGAUGAUUCAUUGCUGUUUAUUCAGUUUUCUCCAAAUGAUUCUGGAUUAGGUUGGUCAGGGCCAAUAUGUGUUGCUUCAAUGGGGAGAUUUUUUCUGAAAUUUCCAAGAUCUAUAAAAGAAAAAGACAAAGAAAAUGAAGAAAAUACACAAGAAUUUGCUGUUGUGAUUGUUUCUGAAGAGAAUUCGUCUCUUGUUUUACGCUUCCACAGACCACCUCACAUGAAUUUGCCUUAUAGGGUUGAGAAUUGUUUGCGUGAUGCAUCAAUAACUUACUAUCAAAAGGGCUCAACAGAACUAGAAACUUUGGGAUCUGGAAAGCAAGUUAAUUAUGUAUGGGAUGAUUUAUCUCUUCCUCAUAAGCUAGUCAUCCAAAUAAGUGAUUUGCAUCUGCUACGUGAAAUUAGCCUGGACAAGGUGCGUGAAUGGAAACCCUUGUAUAAAGUCAGUCAACGUAGAGCAUUAGGGUUAAAUUUCCCUUUGGAUAAGAAGAAGACAGGAGAAAAGGGUAAAAUGUCAAAAUUAAGUCACGUAAAUGAGAUGGAUAUGGUGAAUUUGGGGUAUGAAGUUUAUGCACAUGGCCUCACUAGAGUUCUUAGAAUUUGUGAACGUAAAGACAGCAGAAAACUAAAUAGACAAUUCUACCCUGGUGCUAAAAUUACAUUAAGGGUCUCUAGAUUUUCUAUCCACUUCAGUGAACGUGCAAAACAGGAAGAAGAGUCAGAUGAGUCACUUGUUUACACACCAAUCAUUGUUAUGCGGCUUAACAACAUCAGUCUGGAUUCCAUGCUUACUGAUCAACAAAGAUUGAAUCAACUUAGGGUUCAGUCUGUGAGUGUGGAUCAAAAGUGGGUAGGAGCUCCUUUUGCUGCUAUGCUUCGAAGACAUCAAACUGGAUUCUCGGAUACAUAUGACAACAUGCUUCGUGUAGUUCUCAUUUUGCUUCCAUCAACUUCUAAUAUCAGACAAAUAAAAUACUUAUCCAUUGUUCUUCAGCCAUUUGAUUUGAACUUGGAUGAGGAAACCCUGAUGAAAAUUGUCCCUUUCUAUAGAACAUCACUCAGUGAUCCAAAUACUCCUAGUCAGCAGUAUUACUUUGAUCAUUUUGAGAUACAUCCAGUAAAGAUCAUAGCAAGCUUUCUCCCAGGAGAUUCGUAUUCCAGCUAUAAUUCAACACAGGAGACAAUGCGAUCUUUGUUGCACAGUGUGAUAAAGGUUCCUGAAAUAAAAAACAAGACUGUAGAACUGAAUGGUGUCCUGGUUACUCACGCAUUGAUUACUAUACGUGAACUUUCUGUCAAGUGUGCACAACAUUAUUCAUGGUAUGCCAUGCGUGCAAUCUAUAUAGCAAAAGGAAGCCCAUUGCUUCCUCCAGCUUUUGCUUCAAUUUUUGAUGACUUGGCUUCUUCAUCCCUUGAUGUCUUUUUUGAUCCUUCAACUGCUUUGAUCAAGCUUCCUGGUCUCACCUUAGGCACAUUCAAGCUCCUGAGUAAAUACAUUGAUGGUAAAGGCUUAUCUGGUACCAAACGUUAUUUAGGUGAUCUAGGAAAAACUGUUAAAACAGCUGGAUCAAAUAUACUGUUUGUUGCUGUGACUGAGAUAUCAGAUUCAGUGCUGAGGGGAGCGGAAACCAGUGGCUUUGAUGGAAUGUUUGGUGGGUUUCAACAAGGAGUACUGAAACUGGCAAUGGAGCCUUCCGUAUUGGGUAGUGCUUUUACAGAAGGUGGCCCAGAUAGAAAAAUUAAGCUUGAUCGUAAUCCCGGUAUUGAUGAGUUAUAUAUAGAAGGAUAUCUGCAAGCUAUGUUGGAUACAUUGUAUAAACACGAAUAUCUCAGAGUCAGAGUCAUUGAUGAGCAGGUUGUUCUAAAGAAUCUACCCCCAAACAGUGUUCUCAUAGAUGAAAUUAUGGAUCAUGUGAAGGGUUUCCUCAUCAGCAAGGCAUUGUUGAAAGGAGACUCUUCUUUCUCUCAUCCCUUACAUCACCUUCGUGGACAAAAUGAAUGGAGAAUCGGUCCAACGAUUUUGACUUUGUGCGAGCAUCUGUUUGUGAAUUUUGCAAUCGGGUGGCUGAGAGAGCAGGCGGGUGAUCUGACGGCUAAAAUCAAUUGGGGGGACAGGUUUAAGGGGGACCCACCAAAAGAAAUAGUAAAAGAAGAGGAGAGUAGUAAGAUGUCUGUAUUGAAAUGGGGAGUUGGGAGGUUUGUGUUUGCAGGUAUGGUUGCAUAUAUUGAUGGAAGGUUAUGUCGGUGUAUACCUAAUCCUGUUGCAAGACGUAUCGUAAGCGGUUUCGUCUUAAGUUUUCUAGACAAAACUCGUGAUAAAUAAUCAUUUCAAUCUUUUUUUUUUCUAUCUUCAAGUGCUUUGAAAUGUAUAUGAAGAAGAUUUACAUUAAGAAUGUAACCUUGUAAACAUGAUGAUACUAAAUUCAACAUCAUGUUUUUUUCUAUGUUAUUUUUGCUUAUGUUUCAAAUGUAUAUUUAUAUGAUGUCAACGCAAUAAAAAUUGUUUGUACAAAAA